CCCCCUAUUUUAGAUCUAGUCGAAGUCCCUUCUAACAUAAACAAACCGUGUAGCGUGCAUUGGCAAUUGUCGUAUUUUGGUUGAGCCACCGAGAGGAGUUUGCGGAAUUCUUUAUCAAUAUUUUUAUUGGUAUCAUCAAAUUACUGUCCCCAUGAGUGACUGUUACUGGAUGUGGCGUGGCCAAUUAUGUGUUGGUUCCAAGAACAUUGGUCCCACAACAAUAUGGUCAGACAGAAAUACACUUAUUCCAGAUAUUGGUGUUGACCUCAAGAUGACCUCAUUUGCUGAGUAUACUGUUCUGUGGGAGAUAAUUGGUACAAGGCACAUUGAUCUUUCUGGUGGAUCUGUGAGUACCAAUGGAAAGGAUGUCAGUGUCUUUAGCCUUGAAGGUCAUAGCUCUCAUUUUGAACAACUCUCACAGGAGUUGACACAAACAUCUAAGCCUCAGGUUCUCAUUGGUGAACUCUACAAUCCUGGGAUUCGCUUUGUGGUGGUAAUAUUCCCCAAUUGUGCUGAAGUGGAGAAGUUAGGACUGAAGAAGAAUUCGGGUAAAAUUGUUUCCUCCAUGAAUGUUAUCUUUAUAUCAUGCUCUAGUGCACAGAAGCAAGAGGAGAUAUACAGAAAUGAAAGAAGUGUUCAGUUACCCAAGAUGGAAAAGGCAAUGUCAUGUCACGAGAGCAAGGAAAGCAAUUCUACAAGGAUUGGUGCUGAAUAUGGUAAGGUAAUGCAAAAUAAAGAACAAAAUGUUAAAGAGAAUGAUGGCAAUAAUAGCAGUUAUUGUGAAAAUAAGGAUGAUGUUCAAAAGCCACCUUCAGAAGUGAUCUUAAGAGAACCACAGGACUUGAAGAAAACCUCUAAAAUGGAUUUAAAAAAUGGAGGUGGGAUGGAAGAGAAGUCAGUGAAGGCCGAACAUGAGAAAAGUGAAAAAGGUGGCAAGGUUAAAGACAGAAAUGAGAAUAGUGAAGACACCUGUCAUAAAAGAAGCAGAGAGAGGUCAUUCAGGUCUAGAGAAAAGUCAAAAGAGAGAGUGGAUAAGGCAAACUAUGAGAAAAGUGACAAAGGAUCCCUUUCAGAAGACAGAAAUAAGAACGAUAGUGACUACUAUCAUAAUGGCCAUACCAGUAAAAUGAACAGUAAAUUUUUAGAAACAUUAGUUAUGAGAGAUGGAGAGAAUGAUGAUGGCAAGUACCAUAAAGACAGGGCCCAGGUGGCUGAAUCUCCUAAAAAGAAAUCUGAAACACCUGUUAAUAGAAGCAAGCACAGGAAUAAAAAAGACAGUGAACAAGUUGAAGAGCACAUUCAAAAACUGGAUAGAGAUGAGAAACACCGUAGUAAGCGUGAAGACAGAGAAAAAGCAAGUUAUCAUUCAAGUGUUGCAGAUAGUCCUAAUAUCGGUGAAGUAAAGGUAAAUAAAAGUACAGACAAAUUUCAUAGGGGACACAGUGGUAAAGAGAAAGAAGAGAGAAAUUUUCACAAAAAGGAUAAAAAAGACUAUGUCCCUGAUGGAGGCACAAAUUCCAUCUGUGCAAAGCAUAGUGAUAAGAAUAAGAAUGAAGUGAAGGGAAAGGAGACGAAGAUGGAAAAUAAAAAAAAUUCAAGUCCUUUAAAAGAAAGUGGGGAUAUUGUAAACCAUAGAGGUUUGAGUAAUUCACAAGAUAGACAGGAACAAGAACAUACAUCUAACAAAUGGGAAAAAACAACUGUUGUCCAGAAAAGUGCUUUAUCACGUACUUUAAGUAACUUCUCAUUAGCUGGGAUUAAAACCCACAAGUUGUUUAAGAAGAAUUUUAGUAAGAGUUCACUUUGUAUAAACAGCCCUGAUCAUACCUCUGUGUCUGAAAAGAUGAAAAAACCAGACCUUUUGAAAAGUUGUUUUAAAGAUGACUCUAGGUGCUUAUCAUUACCAGAUGUGCUGUCGGUCUCCAAGGCAGCCAAUGAAUUUGGUAAAGAAAAAGAAAAGCACUGCAUCAAGAAAACGUUAAAAUCCAGUAUUAGUGAUAUACUGAGAAAACUUGAGUCACCAAAGAAGAAGAACAAGAAAAGGAAAAACGGGAAUGAAAGGAAGAGGAAAUGUGAUGGUGUGAGUGCUGAUUCAAUUUUGAAAGAGACCAAACAAAGCCCAAAGAAGCACAAAAAAUAUGAUAAAAAUGAAUGCUUUUUACUACCAAAGACCAAAUGUAAUGAAGGGAACUCAGAAAAGGUAAGUGGAAGGAAUCUGGAUAUUGCCAAGCGGUGUUUUACUGAGGGUGAUGAAAGUAAAACACCUACUAUGUGUUCUGAAGACUUAAAAAUUGACGGACAAGUUUCUGAGAGAGGUAAGGAUAUUAAUGAGUCAAAGGACACAGUUGAUAUACCUGAUACCUCUAGUGAUGAUAAUAGAGUUUUUAAUGUGAAAGUAAAAUCUCCUUCAAAAAUGUUGGCAUUGUCCAUUUGUGAGCAAUUCAACGAAAAUGCUAAAAAGAUGAGAGAUUGCAAGGUUAGACUAGAUGACAUCCUGGAGAGACCUGAAUAUGUUUACUUAAAGUAUAAUCCACCUCAUAAUAAUUUUCAUAGUCAACUUGACACCAUGUUAUACAAUGAAGAAUGUUUAAUGUGUCAGAGACAUUGCUUAUGUAAAUUUUCAGCUGUGAGUCAUGGUGUACCUCACAAACUUGAUGUUGAAACAUUGGUUGAUGACAGAGGGCAGGAGAAUAUACAAUUUCCAGUAAACAUUGAAGAAUUAACAAAAGCCAGGGUAGACAUGUACCUGGAUACAAUGGCUGAUACUGCUGAACCAGGAGCGUUAAGUGCAUAUGAUGAAGUGGGUGAUCCCUUGCAAGACCAGCCACUAGACCUCUCAGUACAGUGUAACGUCACAGGGAGACCUGGUGUUGGCCUCCAACGAGAAAGCUGCAAUAGGAAUGAUAUGCCAAAGGAUAUUGAUGUACUUUCACUAAACCAGAAGUUUGAGAAACAAUUUCUACUUGAGCGAUUCUUGGCAACCAUGAACUCGGAUAAUAUCAUUCUUCAAGAGUCUUGUUUAAAUCUGCCUGAGAAGAAGGAAGAGGAUUUAUCAUAUGAAGGUGAAAAUUCUGUCUUGCAUGAUGUUCAUAUUCCUGAAGGACAGCAUCCAUAUAAUGAUGGAGUUAUAAAAGAAUCUUUGGUACCUGAUGUUGAAAGUCAGGAUGUUUCAGAUCUCCCAGUUUUACAAGAUAAUCUAAUCUCAAGUUCUGAACGAUUGGGGCAUACCCCAAAGGUGUAUGGUACAGAGAUAGGUAUUAAUGACAAUUUCUUGUCAGAUAUGCCACCCAAUACACUUGAUUUGAAAACUAGUACUAAUUCCAUAUCUUCGAGUGAUCAUGUUGUUGAAAGUUUACCUGAGCAGUCUAAACCAACACCAACCAGUCCUGGAGAAGGCAUCUAUUCACAUUUAUUUCCUGAAAAUUCAGGAAAUGCAUAUGAUCCAGAUACAUCGGCUUAUAACAAUGAUGAGGACAUAAAUAAAGUUGAAUCAUUUCAGGAACAGAAUGAACCUGAAACAACUCAGUCAAGUCCAAGUUCAAGGUAUAAUUCAAGAAAUGAUGUUAAAGGGGAAGCGAAUCAACUAGAUACUGCUGCUACAUACCAUGAAGAGGGAAAUUGUAUUUGUGUUAAAUGUGAUGUUACCACAGGUCCACUGCCUAGUUGUAGUGAAUCAGGAACACAAGUCACCCCAGAGAACCCUGAAAGAAUCUCAAAGUUUCUCUAUACACCAACAGCCUUUGGCAUUGAAAACCUCUGUAAUGUUAUUAAAAAUUCAGUAUCGACAAACUUUACAUUGAAGGAGAGGUUUACAGGAGUGGAAGAGGAUUCUGAUAAAAGUGACAAGUAUAUUCAGAAUGUUAAUGCUUUGUUGAUAAAGAAAAUUCAGAUGUUACAACCAGAUGGUAAUCGGUCCGAUGUGGAGAAGGGAACAAAUAGGUUCUGUGUCAUUCCUGAUGUAGCUGUGAGUGAGAACAUUCAGGGUGCAGGUACUGAUGAUGAUUUUUCCCCAGUGGAUACCAGUUCAGUUUUUACCCCAGAUGUGGACUACCAGCCAAACUGGGAGGAGAGAAUUCUGUUUUAUUUCUGUCAUGAUAAAACAAAGUCAGUUGUACAAAAGUUCCACCUCAUAAAUGCUAGUGAGAAUGAUAUUGCUAAGCUUAAGCUUUUGGCUACAAGAUAUAAGCUUGUUAACACUACAAUGAGUGGUGUGAUGAAUUCAAGUGGCAAUGUUUAUGUACGUCCAGAACACAUGGAAGAUCUGCUGGAGAAUGAUCAGCUGCAGGCUGUUUGCAGCUGUCCUGACAUAAAGUUUGGGGUGUGUCUGUCACUAAACGACAUUUUAAAAGUUGUUGGACGUCAAAUACUAAAAUCAAAGUUCCUUUUGCUUAUUCACCAUACUUCUUUUCUAGAUGUCUCACUAGCAAAGUUGAUAACGACAGUGGUUCGAGAUUUUGAGCGUGACCAAGAGCACCACCAUCAGAUUUUCAUAACUUCAUAUACUUUGAAAGUAUGUUAUUGGAGUCUUGUUAGCAGUCAAAAGGCAGAAGGUAAAGAAAGAGCAGCAUAUGAUAUUGUAGUAAAGAACAUGUGCAGUUUAUUAAAAUGCAUUAGUGCUGGUGCUGGAAAGAUUGUUGAUGGAGGCUUGUGGAAAAAAUUAGGGCCUGACUCCUCCAUAUGUGAAUUUAUCACAUGUUUAAGAGUGACUCACAAAAAUUUAAAUUAUAUUCAUAGACAUGCUGCUGUAGUUGUAGGUGAGAAGAAUGCUUCUUUAAGAUCAUCAUCAUCAUUAUUUUAUGAGAUUGCCACUGCCAGAGGAGUUCUGUUAAAAGUUUGACCUAGGAAAUUCAGUCAUUCAGCCUAAGUUGUCGUACGUUCUCGUUUUAAAACCAAAGAAUUUAUUUGCAAUUGUAUGAUUAAAUUUUCCUAAUAUGUACAAUGUGUUAUGUGGUACUACUUCCUUGCACAAUUAUAUUGCAUUUGUGUGAUUUGGAGGUGGGGAUUACAGACUAUGUACAAUUAAUACGUAAGUUAAUCUGUGUUUUAAACUUUUAGAAUUUGCUAGGUGGCCACCUUUGCUGUAGAUUACUCUAAUUUAGUAUACUUUCCAAUUAUACAGGAUUUUAUUUUUCUUGCCUUUUUGGUAGCUGAUUUUAUCUCUUUUUAAUUUGUAUGAAAAUUAUAUUUUGUAGUGGCUGCUUAUAGGAGACAUCUGAUAAAAGAGAGCUUAGGCAAUGAAUUAAAUGUGGUAUAGAUACAUUGUAUUCUGGUUUUUAGAUCAAACUACUGUAUACAGUAGAUGACAGUACUCUCUCUCUCUCUUUCUCAAUAUUUUCCUUUUGUGAGUUGCCUCUUUCUCUCUCAAUAUUUUCCUUUUGCAAGUUGCCUCUUUCUCUCUCAAUAUUUUCCUUUUGCAAGUUGCCUCUUUCUCUCUCAAUAUUUUCCUUUUGCAAGUUGCCUCUCUCAUCAUUUUCCUUUUGAAAGUUGCUUGAUUUAUGUGUCAGGUUUUCAGGGUAAAAUAUCCUAGCUCAAAGGUAUUUAGUUUCUCUCUUGUUAUUGCUUUGCAUAAAAGUGUGUGUCAGGUAUAACAUUCUUUAUUAGAGAAAUUAAAUAUUCUUAUACGUACACUUACUUCCCUCUUGACUUCCAUCAUUCACAGAAUUUGGUUCCAAACACAAUUUGUUCAAUACAGUUCAGUACAGUAUCUGAUUAAACUACUAAAUAAAUAUUUAGAUCGCCUAUUGUAUCAUGAAUUUUGCUUGAGGGUUUUAUGUUUGGAUUCUUUAUCUAAAACACUUUUGCAGUCUUAAGUAAUUUUCAACAUUAAAAACUCAUUUUUUAAAAUAAUUUUUUGAGAAAGUAAAUACUACAGGAAAUUUAAGGUAGUAAUCAGUAUAAAAGUGUUUUGUUUAUGGCUUUCACAAAAGACUGGAUUUCAGUAACCAAAUGUAAAUUGCCCUAUUGAAUGUUGCUUUUGCUCUCCUGAAGCUGGUACAGUACUGUACAGAAUUGUAUAUGGAAAUAACCAUGCAUAAUAGCACCCAUUGAACUCUGCGCAGUUGGUGGAAGGCAUGUAAAAUAGAUCAUAACAUCUUGCCAUAACUUUUAUUUGUUAUUUGUUGAUGUGCCUACAAAGUAUUCAGCAGUGAUUAGGAUUUAUAAUUGCAGAUUCCAUAACAUUCUUGUAGUCAUAACUUUCUCAUUGAUCUUAAACAUAGUAUAUUCAGUAAUAUGAUUCAAUAUUUGCUUUGUAGAGAAUCCCCCAAUGCUUAUUUGAAUUGUGGAUAUUGAUCCCAUCCUCUGCCCAUACUUCAGCUAAGCUCUAAAGCCUUUGUUGGAAUGUUGGCAAAGGGCAUCUAGUGUAGAAAUCUCUGGCUCUAAUCUGCAUACAUCUUUGCUUGUUUUGCUGUAGUGCCAGAGUUAAUUCAUCUACAUUGAUGGGAAGUGUGUCCCUACAACAUUGCAAUCAAUUGCUUUUUAGGGAGGUAUCCAAAGAUUUAUUACAUUAAUUGUAGAUUAGAAUUAAGUACUGGAUACCUUAUUGUGUAAUCCUUUUUAAGGAACAUUUGAUACGUUUCUAUGAUGAGUCGUUAGUUAAUAAAGCAUAAACGGAAAGAAAGAAGAAAAACUUAUGUUCUGGAGUAUAUUUAUUUCAUGUCUUGGUAUGGAACUGUAAUGAACAACAUUGAUUAAGUUGGUUCCGAUUCAUUGUCAGUUACAUAAUACAUUAACAGAGUUUGCAAAUAAAGGUGAUUAAAUAU